AUGUUCUCUCCAAGUUCUUCUGUUCUCUGCACAACUGAACUUGCUUUCAAACAAAGCGGCUUUCUCAGGAUACAAGUCAUUUGCUGCUUCUAUCAUACACUCUUUGAUGAAGUUGCUAUUAACUCCAGAAUUAUUAAAGGACACCGAUUAUCUGUGAAUUACUGCCAAUUCUUGAAUGAGGAUAGACUUAUACUCAGUUGCUCAGAUGACAAAACAACCAAACUUUGGAACCCUACAACAAGUAAAUGUAUUGAAACAUUUCAUUAUGAAAAAUCCAAAGCUAUACGAAAGGCCCAUGUUAACUCUAACAAUUGCGAGAUAUGUGGUAUCAAAAAUGAAACAGUUUUACAUAUUGUGAGUGAGUGUAGCAAAUUGGCUCAAAAGGAAUACAAAAAGAUGCAUGAUAAUGUAGCUAAGUUUGUUAAUUGUGGCGAUGACAAACGGGUUCUCUACUGGGAUAUGGAACAAAAACGAAUGAUAGUUUGUAUCUUAUUGUUGUCUUUAUGCACUAUUAUGUAUGGUGUGCUGGAGGUGUUAUUUUAUAUAUGUGUUCUAAAACCUAAAACAAAUUCUGCAUUUCAAAUCACUGCUAGUCUAAAGAAAGAUUGCUAUAAUUCUUUGCAGAAAGAAAUACAAUUUUUCUUGACGUUUACAGAUUUUCACAAAAAAACUUCGACAUGUCUAAGGUUCACACAAGAGGAUGAUAAAUUAGUUUCUACAUCAUUUGAUGGUUCUGUGUCAGUUUUUGACUUGAGAACAAACAGAGCCACACUUACUUUGACGGGACACAAUAAUAUUGUUUCUUGCUGUGCACUGACUUUAAAUGACCACUUCCUGGUCACUGGUGGAUGGGACAAAAUUGUAAAUAUAUGGGAUAUUGCAAUAGGAAAAUACAGAACAACAGGACCAACUUCAUUACAUGGACAUGAAGGCUCCAUUAGCUGUUGUGUGUUUGGUCUAGAGGGAAAAUGGCUUGUGACAGGGGGUUAUGACAAUUUAAUCAUCUUGUGGGAUCUUACUGAAAAUAGGGAGCAAUAUAGAUUAACUGAACAUAUUAAUUGGGUUCAUAGUGUUGAUAUUGGUAAAUCCCAGCGUUCUAUACUUUCCUGUUCUCGGGACCGCACUGUCCGAAUCUGGGACAUUGAUAAUAUCAGUUCCAUAUCAACAUUACUACCUGGAAAUGAUUUUAUUCCUAGAAUAUUACAGUGUGAAAGAUGUAACAAAACAUUCAUACCUCUCAAUGAUUAUCAGAAUACCAAGUUGCUGCUAUGUACAUAUUGCAAACUUGAUUCUUGCAUUAAAAAAUACCAUGACUAAUGCAUUUCUUUCAAAGCUAAUCCCAAAGAAUUACACCUAAUACAAAAAUGUUUUUUGUUGUUUUUUUUCCACCCCUCCCCACCGAAACUUAAACGAAAAUAUUGCCUUCAAAACAGUGGCUUUGACAACUAUUAGAGAAGAUAUAUUCUUCACAGUGGUUUUCUAAUAUGGAUGUACAAUGCUAAUUUGUUCAAAAUGCAGAGCACAAGUCAGUUGCAAAAGUUGUUGGCCAUUAAAGGCCAUGGUACACAGGAAUGAAACUGUACAGUAAAAAGUUACAGUGGGAGCCUAGUAUUUAUGUUCAGUUUUUAACUGAACAUAAAAACAAACAUUAACACUAUGUGUGUGUGUAUAAAAACAAAAAAAUUAUAUUUUAGGCUAGAAAUGAACUGAAUUUCAGUAAUUUAAAUGUCAGUAAAUUUGACAAAGUAUAUCACUCUUGUAUUUUGAUCACCGUUCUUAAGAGGCUCUAAAUAGCCAAUCAUUAGGUUAUCAAACUAGUACUUUAGUUAUUGAGCCAUGGAGGUUACUGUAAUUUUUUCCAAUUUAGUUUUUACUUUGAUUCAAAAUAUAUCUCCUAAUUAUGUAAACCAGUCUUCCAUAUUAUUGUUCAUUAGCAACAAUGAAUAAUUAAGUAUGCUAGUCAUACUUGUCACUCAUUACAUUACUUUACUCUUCAAGUUUACUCGCAUGUAAACUGAUCUGCUGAAAACAGCAGUCAAAUCGUUCUUGAAUCACUACAUUCCAUCUUUAAAAAAAUGAAUGCAUUGGGUAGUAUAGUCCCUGAUAUACAAAAAGAUGGUCAGAGCUGGAAUGCCUGUGAUCAGAUGUCUGCUUGAUCUGGGCUGACCGUGGGCUAAACAUCAAUAACCAUUUUGUAGUUAUUAUAUUAGCCUUAGUAACAGACAGAUAUUUUACCUAUCAUUUUCUUAACCAUAGUCAAUAAAUUUUGCAGAAGAUUUGUUUAUCAUUUAACAUGCUUCAGUAACUUCAAAGUCCAAUUGCUUAGUCCUGGCAGCACCAAAAUUUCAGAUCUAGCUCCAGCCUUAAUCAGUGCCUGAUUAAAUUACAUAACAUGUAUAAUUUUCUUGGGGUAAAAUACACAAGAUUGAAAAUUAUCUGAAGACUUUUCAAGGAUGUGAAAGUUUGAACUCAGUGUUGAAAGCUAAUACAAUCCUUAUCCCUGCAGGUGUGAACUAUUUCUAGUAUUAAUUUAAAACAAGCUGGUCAAGGUUAACAAAAGUGUCUUAGUUAUGGUCACUCUGCAACACCUGUGUUUAGAAACUAAUAAUUAGUCAUUUGACUUAGUGACUCUUAUAAUCUAUUGGGUCCUAAUGAAGAUAGUUUUUUCAUGUAAUGUAUCAAUAGAAAUAGUCUCCAGGCUUGAUCCAUAGAGACAAUUGAACUCUGCACUAACAUGUCAAAACACCCAUUAAUGUUACAAUGUUGUAGCUAACUUGUGAUAGCUACUUACAGUUAUAUGGCUUCGGUCAUCAAAUCUUAAGUGCUUCGGU